GUUCCCCUGCAGCUUCUGCCGUGCUACGCGACCCCCCAGCCCGUGCACCCACUCCACGCUCAGCUCAACACAUAGAUCCAACCCUCUCCCCAAACCCCCAAUUUUUCCCAUUCCAACUCCCAAUUUCUCCCGCCUACACCUCCCAGUGACCUCAGGCUGAGAGAAUAAUUCGUAUUAUUAUUACAAACAAACUCACUCUCCAAGCCUGAUUUCUGAGACCCGAUUUAUUUCCAUGGAUACCCCCUCCUCCUCUGCUGUCACCUCUCGCGUUCUCUUCCCUCCCCCUCCCUGCCCCCCGCGGCUCUGACUCAGCUCUCCCUCUUCCACAAAGGCCACCUCCCCUCCCUCCGGCUCUGCCCUCCCCCGGGGCUCUGCUCCUCACAUUGUGCUCUGCUGCCCGGUCCCUGCUGUCCCUGUCCAGAUGUCCACUUUCCUCUUCUUCCCCAGCCACAGCUUCUGGCCUGGCCCAUCUCACCACUCCCCUGGAGCCCUAAGUGACAGCAGGCCAACUUUGGAGGGUCGGCCCCUUCCUCUGCUCCAGCUGUGCUGUUGGUUGUGCAGCGCAUUCUGCCCAAGCCGCCCUUCCGUGCAGCACUUCCCAAGAAUGGGCCCUACCCCUAAACUCAGAGUCACAAAGGCACACGUGUAUACAGGACCUGUAAGGGCAGAUGGUUGACCCUUUACAUCCCAUGCUUGACCCUUUACAACCACUAGCCCCAACUGCUGCUUCUCCAAGUAGUCUCCAUUCCUGGGGAGCUGGGGCCUGACCUUAGCAAUGACCAUCCAUCCUCCAGUCUCCCAGCCAGCUCUCAGACCCUGUCCACCCCCUCCCACUGUGUUGUCUUCUCUCUGACUUGAAUUCCUAUUCUUUUAACUCCUGUUUUAGAAAGUUCUCUCCUCUCCUGCCUGCUUCUCUCCUUCCUCUCCUCCAUUCCCUCCACUUCAAUCCAUCCCUUGUCUCCCCACAGUCAGGGGAAAUGUCUCCUCUCACCCUUCACUUCUCUGCUAUCACUGCUUCUGGGAGGACACACCCAAUUCCCUGCUAUCCCCUCCGAGUCUUCUUCCUGAAGGACUCACCGACUCCCUGAGAGCCCGUUUAGGGAAGAUACAUUCCGCCCUUGAGAAGCUCUGCCUCAGUAGAGUGACGGCAGGGGCAAGGGCCAGCUCCCGCAUAGAAACCCUCAAAGAUUCCUCAGCACAGAGUAAGAAUUGUUUUCCUGCUAAAACCCAGCCUCGGACCGCUCCAUGUAAACAACAACAGACAAGGCCAUAGAAAGAACACUUACUUUCUGAGUGUGCUAUUCUUGGGGAACGAGGUGAUAGCAGUGGACUGGAAGGGCCUGAAGGAUGUCGAUCAGAUCAACAUGGACAGCACCAGCUCGCUGCACGGGAGCAGCCUCCACCGGCCGUCCACUGAGCAAACUCGAACCGAUUUCUCCUGGGACGGCAUCAAUCUCUCCAUGGAGGACACCACUUCCAUUCUUCCGAAGCUUAAGCGAAACUCCAACGCCUAUGGCAUUGGGGCCCUGGCCAAGUCAUCAUUCUCAGGGAUCUCUCGAAGCAUGAAGGACCAUGUGACAAAGCCCACAGCCAUGGGGCAAGGCCGGGUGGCCCACAUGAUCGAGUGGCAGGGCUGGGGGAAGACGCCCGCCAUUCAGCCACAACACAGCCACGAGGCCGUGCGCAGGGACACAGAUGCCUACUCUGACCUCAGCGAUGGCGAGAAGGAAGCACGUUUCUUAGCAGGCGUCAUGGAGCAGUUUGCUAUCUCUGAAGCCACACUCAUGGCCUGGUCUUCCAUGGAUGGUGAGGACAUGAGUGUCAACUCCACCCAGGAGCCGUUAGGCUGCAACUACAGUGACAACUACCAGGAGCUGAUGGAGAGUCAGGAUGCCCUGGCUCAAGCGCCCAUGGAUGGAUGGCCUCACUCCUACGUGUCCCAGGGCAUGUACUGUCUGGGGUCAUCGGAUGCCUGGGAAGCAAGCGACCAGUCCCUCAUCGCCUCCCCAGCCACAGGAUCUUAUCUUGGCCCCGCAUUUGAUGACUCACAGCCCAGCUUGCAUGAGAUGGGGCCUUCCCAACCUGCUUCCGGAUACUCUGCUCAGGAACCUGCGCCUUUGCUGGGGGGAGACAGUGACUGGGCUCCAGGGGUGGGCGGGGUGGACCUGGCACGGGGCCCUGCGGAGGAGGAGAAGAGGCCCUUGGCCCCUGAGGAGGAAGAGGAUGCAGGCUGCCGGGACCUGGAGUCACUUUCCCCACGAGAGGACCCUGAGGUGUCCACCGCUCUCAGCAGGAAGGUGUCUGACGUCACAUCCUCAGGCGUGCAGUCCUUUGACGAGGAGGAGGGUGAGGCCAACAACUAGUCUCCUCCCCCCAACCCUGGCUUCCACCCCCACCUGAGGGCCGUGCACCCUCCCUUCCCCCAGCGGUGCAGCUGAAACGCGGGCGAGGACGGCAGGGAAGUGGAGGAGCAGGAGGGGUUUUGCCCAGGCUUACACUCUAGAAACCACAGGUCUAGGAACUGGCACCCAGGCACCUAGAUGGCUGUGCACUUGGCGUGGCUGUGGGAGAACGACCCGGGCCAUGGGCUUCUGGGUCUGUGCCCGUCCGGGAAGCCACCAGUGCGUGCAGCCUGGGGACAGGAGCGCAGCGGCCCAGCCGAGACUGGACCUCAGUUCUUCACUCCCUGAUUCCGUCUUCCAGGAGUCUUGACUGUGCUGUCUGAAUACCUCCUUUCUCCAUUUCACUCUCGCUUUCCCGACUGUUUUCUCUGGCCGUGGCCCCAGCUCACCCCUUCUGUGAGGAACAGACCUCGGGGGCCGUUGCACGCGGCUACACGGGCACAGGGCCGGCAGCCUCUGCGUGGAGGCCGGUCUGCCCUGAGCGGGUCACCUGGCUGCUGAGCUCGGCGUCGAGGAGGUGGACGCGGCAGCCGGGUUCACAGGGCGCGCAGAUGUGGUUCUUUAUGUCGAGGCCUGCCCAGAGACGAGUCACCGAUGAGACCAAGAACCAGCACGGCCACGUGUUCUGGGAUCUUGAACAUCCCGUGGCUGAAAGGAGGAUCCUAGAGGAUCUGGGAAAAGAGCCUGCCCGGGGCUGGCCGCUCCAGCUCUUGCUUCCCUUCCUGCCUUCUUCCGUCCCUGCUCCGGGAGCCCGCGAGGGCUGUGUCUGCCCCUACCCGCCCCUAAUUCUCUGGAGCUGUUUACACUUUUCUCUUUGCCUUUUCUACAUUUUUAUAACUUCUUGGGGACUCAGGGUUGAGUGGGGUGGAGGGAGGAGUCGGUGCUGUCACUCCCCAGGCCGGGCGGGGCUGCUGGCUGAGGGCCGGGGUGGGCGCUCGGCUCCUGCCCUUUGGUCAGCUCCUCACGGUGGCUGUCCCCGCCCCCUGCCCAGGCUUCCUGCCCAGGAAGAGAGACACAGCAGCGGACUCUUCCUUCCAGGACAGUUUACCGUGAGGCACAAGCUUGCCCUCCCACACCCUCUUGCACCCUGGUGGGGGCUCUGAGCAGCAUGCAAGCCCCAGCACUACCGUAAGAGCGCAUGCCGGCAGGGGAUGGGCAGAGGACACAGUGCUGCAGUGGGGCUCCCUGGCCUUUGGCAUAGGCAGAGUUUGGGGAGGAGAGAGAGGCCUAAGAGGUUCGUUGUCCUAGUUCCCCCUUUUCCUGUUGCAGGCUCCAGCUCCCAGCCCUGGUGUCCUACCCGCUCUCAGUCAGGGGUCCUAUUAAUUGCAUCUUCUGUAGGGAGGGGAGCAGUGACAUCUUCUCCCAGACCCUGGGCACAGACUUCCCCCGACCCCUGGACCCCAGACUUCUAUUGCUUUGGAAUGAGGAGGUUGAGAGUUGGAGGUGUUUCUGUCCAUCUAUGACCCCACCCUGCCACCAAGGUCAUACUCAUGAAGUUUACACACAUGCUCCUGAAAUGCAGACAGGGCAGGGGGUCCCAUGUCUUCCAGUGGAGGGGAGAAUGGUCAUCCUGAGGUUAAUUCUUGGAGAAAACACGGGAAUAGGUGUGAGCCAAGGUAGGUGUGAUCACCUAAUCUCAUGCAGCUUGCACAUGUGCUUGACAACAUGUCCUGACUCGACAUCCCAGGACCACAUUGCUAGGAGCUCUAGGAAGUGGUCUGGCAUGUCACCCUGAUGGCUGUCCCCUGCCCAUCUGCUGCAGGCCCUGGGGUUUUGCAUGCUCACGUGACCUUCCUCCCACGGGGUCCCUGGUUUCUCGCCUUCUCCAACUGGCUCUAUCACCACGUCAUCUCAUCCCCUCAGUGCCCAUAUUCUCCCCCAGACCAUGGUGGAUGUCUGAUCCAUUGAGCGGGUUCAUUCGUUACAGUUCCUUUUUGCCCAGGACCCUGGGAGUAGUAGGAAGGGUAGACGACAGCAGCUUUCUUCCCUCCUUCCCUUUCCCAAGGAAGCCAAAUGGUCCUUGACAAACUAUGACUAAAGGUCUGAAGGAAUCUGGCGGAGCUGAUAGAUAAGCAGAGGCUUGGAGUCCCUGGGGAGUGGGCAGUCACUGUAGACCAGAGGUGGGGGGGUGGGCGUGCCUUUUGCAAGGAGCCCCCACUCCACUCUGAAGAGGGAAGAGACCCAAGGAGCUGGCCUGGGACCAUCUUGGGACUCUUCUGGAGGGAGGGACUGCCUCUCUGGUGCUGGGCGCAGGGUGCAUGGGGGUUUGCUUCUAGCCUAUUUGGGGGAGGGGGGGGCAUGUGCUGGAAGGGGCUAUGGGGGGGUGGGAAAGGGUUGCUUUUCCUUUGGGGUUAAAGGCUGUGCAGCACGUUUUACAGCAGUCCUGGAACAGGGCUGUUUUUAUAUUCUUGUGAAUGAAACUGCUCUUGCUAAAUGAUUUUCUUUUUGGGGGGAGGAGUGCACUUUCAUUUUCAAUUGACUUUAUUAAAUGAAAAUCCAAAUCUUCCAUUCCUCCCCUUCCAUUGCCCUCCCCCACACACCUUCCUUCUCAUCCUUGUGUUGAGGAGGGGAUCUGGGGAAUGAGUUUAUUGUCUUCUCCCUGUCCCCAUCUGUAUACCCUACACUUCGUCUUCCAGGUCUGGGAAAUAUCCAUUUUUAUGGCCAGUCUUAGCAUGUUUUCUUAAUGUGACACUCCCACCCCAGGCCCAAGAGAGAUUCUAUGACAUAUAUUACAGAGAGAAUUCUAUAUCAAUAUAUAUAAAUAUUAUAGAUUAUGUACACACGGGCUCAGAUGCCCCCCCCCGCCAGCUCCCACCCAGGCUUCAGCGUCUCUCUUGGCCUGGGGCGGGGGAGGGAUGUGAUGAGGAGAGGGCUAGAGGUGUUCAAUGGCACUAAACAGAACGUGGUGGCA